GCUGGAGCUGCCGCAAAGCCCCGUCCUCCAGGGCUUUUUAAACACCGUGUUUGCUUCACGCUCCAACAAUUUCGUCCAGUUGAAGAGCGGCAGCGCUAUAUGCACUGAACCGACGGUCAUCGUGGGAACAGCGCCGACGAGCACAAACCGUUAUGGUUUAAGAAAGAAAACGACGGCAUAAAAAUAAAUAAAUAAGGGAAGAUACUGUAUUGCGGGUCAACGAGUUUAACCUCUAAUCUGCCGUGGCAUUGUUGUUCUCGGGGAAGGCAGUCACAACAGGAGGGGGUCUCGGUGAAAUGAGAGCGGACCCGGUCGGUGACCGUUAUUCCGUUGUUUUCAAUGUGGUUGGCGUUGCAGCCGACUCGGUCGUUGCAGCUAGCUCGGUACGGCCGCGUUGAUGCAGCAGCUCACGGCUGUGGUGUUCAAAUCCACCACCGGAUCUGGGAAGACAAUAGGUGAAAUAUACGCCGGCCUGGACUCCCAAGACUACACCAAACGAGAGUCUGCAUCCGCUUUGGCUUCGCUAGCGAUAGUGUCCGUGUGAGGAAUCGGUUUAGAAAGUGAAGUGACAGCGGGCAGGUAGCUGGAUCAGGAUGGCGGCCGUAGUGAACUACUCCCCGCCUUGGUGGGUAAAUCUGCUCCACCGGUUGCCUCAUUUCAACAUUGAAUUCCAGCUUGUGAGCAGUGACUUCAGACCGGAGGACUCUGAGUACCAGAAGUCCAUUUUGCUGCUUGGGGCUGUGGCGUUGCUGUGUUUGGGCCUGGACCUCCUCUUCCUCCUCUUCUACUCAUUCUGGCUUUGCUGCCGGCGACGCAAGAGUGACGACUCCUCGCACUCCCACACGCACUCCCAUCAGCCCAGCGCCGACUGCUGCUGCACCGCCUGGUGCGUCAUCAUCGCCACGCUCGUCUGCAGCGCUGGCAUUGCUGUAGGAUUCUACGGAAAUGGGGAGUCGAGUGAUGGGGCCAAUCGUUUGGCAUACUCCCUCCGUCAUGCCAACCGCACCGUGUCAGGGGUGGAGAAAUUGGUGUCAGACAGUGCCCUAGCCUUAAACCAGACAGUGGAGGAGAGCUUAGUCCAGUUGGAGACAGCUUUCCAGGAGCAGACAGACUACGUGUCCAUCGUCCAAAAGUUGCAGGGACAGCUGGACGAGCUGGUAAGGCUGAUGGUGGAUAUUCCCUUCUGGUCCAAUACUGAAGUUUCCCUGGAGGACUUGGCCCGCAAGACGGAAGCUUUUGAUUUUUACAGGUGGCUGGGGUACCUUAGCCUGCUGCUGUUUGAUGUACUCAUCUGUCUUCUGGUGCUCUUCGGCCUUAUACGCAACUCUAGAGGCACUCUGAUAGGCGUGUGUCUGCUGGGUGUUUUGACUCUGAUAAUCAGCUGGGGGUCUCUUGGCCUGGAACUGGCUGUCGCUGCUUCAGCCAGCGACUUCUGCGUUUCCCCAGAUACCUACAUCACCAGGGUAACCAAGGAAAACGCUGUCAUCAACCAAGAUAUUCUGCAGUAUUACCUGAGGUGCAGCCCUGGCCAAAUUAACCCCUUUCAGCAGAGGCUGUCAGGGAGUCACAAAGCAUUGGUGGAGAUGCAGGAUGAUGUGGCAGAGCUACUGAGAUCAGCAACACGUGACCAUGCCAACACCAAGGGGAGUCUGGAGCAAAUCCAGUCUGUGCUGAAUUCCACCGAGGUUGGUCUUCACCAGCUGACUGCUCUGGUCGACUGCCGCAGCCUACACAUGGACUACGUUCAGGCAUUGACUGGGCUGUGUUAUGACGGGGUGGAGGGUGUCAUCUACCUGGUUCUCUUCUCCUUUGUCACUGCUCUGAUGUUCUCCUCCAUUGUGUGCAGUGUGCCACAUACCUGGCCUGGCAAGAGGACGGAUGAGGAAGACGGAGAGGAUGAGUCGGGUGCCUCACGGGGCGGUGUGCACGAUAACCUGUACCGCGUUCACAUGCCCAGUCUCUACAGCUGUGGCUCCAGCUACGGUAGCGAAGCUAGCCUGCCCGCUACAGCCCACACUGUCAGCAAUGCCCCCGUCACUGAAUACAUGAGCCAGAACGCAAACUUUCAGAACCCUCGGUGUGAGAACACCCCCUUGAUUGGCAGGGAGUCCCCUCCACCCUCUUACACCUCCAGUAUGAGAGCAAAGUACCUGGCUACCAACCGACCGGACCAGAACCGACGCUCCGUUCCCAACGACCAACUGGACCCAGCUAGCCGGGCUCACCCCACUGCCCGACCACAGUCCUCAGUCCACUAGAAACUGUCCACAGAACUGCAACAGUCCACCCCAGUACUGCCUAAAUCCAGUUUUCAUAGCCAAUAACAAUAAUAGUAUCCAACUCAGCGUUCACCAGAGCUCAACCAGAGCGCAGCGUUUAAAGCACCUACAGGACCCAUUGAGUUACACCGACCGGUUCACCAGAAACAACAACUCAGCAAGUCAGAACUCAUCAACCAAGCACCUCAGCAAAGGACGGCACUUUGGAGAUCGACUUCUACUUCGCACCCCAAAUUAUCCAAAAGUUAAAAAGAUGAAGCGCUUCUCGGAAAAUUUCUACUCCUCUUCUUAGUGGAGACACGCACACGCGCAUGCACACACACACACACACACACACACACACACACACACACACACACACACACACACACACACACACACACACACACACACACCCCCCAAGCUGCUUGUUCCCCGACUGCUGUUAUGGAUCAGCCCACAUACCCACAAUGCACAGCAACUAAAGCGCCUUGGCUCUGUCUCCACUUUCUUCUACUACUUUUCAGUUCUCUACCCCUCCACUGGGAUCCGUACACUGUCCUCCAGUGGAGACAGCUCUCACUACUCAGUCCCCUGAGACUUCUACAUUCAGACCCCCCUCUCACACACAGACAAGCGACACACACACACACACACACACACACACACUGUACAGACCUGUAAAUAGUAAACGUGUGCUUUACUCUGAGUUCAUGACAAGUGGACUGUUGAAUCAUUACUGGUAAUGUGGUGUGCUGCGUGUUUAUCAUGGAACUUUUUGCUGUAUCUCUCAUAUAUAAACACACACACACACACACACACACACACACACACACACACACACACACACACACACACACACACACACACACAUAGACGGACACAUCUGUAUAAAUAAUAAGCCAGUGAAUUAGAAAGCCAUGUUUAGAUAAAAACAGUACCACCACAUCCUCUUUAGCUUAGUCUAACUAAGACUUGAAUCGUGAGCUCGAAAAGUGUUUCCACAUCUCUUUCUGUAUUUGUUUACAUGCACAUACAGUACACAUGUCGAUUAAGGCAUUUUUAACAUGAGCCAGAAAUCCUGUUGUGGAAUAACUGUUAUGAAUUUUGGGGAUUAAAGCGAGAGACAAAGGACAUGAAAAGGCUCAACCUGUGCCAAAAAAACUGAAUAAUGAGGGAUGCCUGAUUCUGUCCUCAUCUUCUACUGCCUCCACGUCUCAAAAAAGGGAAAUAGAACUUGGAAUCGUGGAAUGUUUUCCCAACUGUAAAUAAAAAGGGAACGGUAAAGAGACUUGAAAAAGGAAAACGCUGGACAGAAAUCAGAUAAGACUCACUGAAAAUUGCAACUACACAUUUGCCAGGUGCUACGUAAGCCAGUCAAGAUCCCAGAAGACGAUCAGGACUGAGGAGGGACGGAAACUUUUUUUUUUUUUUUUUUUAUUACUUUGAUGUUUUGUUUUCAUUCAGGGAUGUGAUCAGGAACAUAAAAAGCAGUAAAAAUAAAACAGCUUUCCAUCAUUACUAAAAGGAAGUUGUGUCCCGAGUCCUGAAAAAAAAAUCAUGUCCCUAAUAAAUAAUGUUACAUAAAAGUGUUUCAGAAUGAAGGAAAGUGGGCGUUUUUGUAUGUUUUAUCAUAAGCUGAAUUCAGGAUGUGAUACUGUGACCAAGUAGUGUUCUGUUUCUUCUUCUAUACUGUUUUUUUUCUCUCUUCCUGUGCUUUUAUUUUGUUAACUGGUGAUCUUGGAUCAACUUUUAGCCAACAGUUGUGAGUCUAUCUUUUAUUUUAUUUUUUUACCCACAAGCACAAAUUCUCUUCGAGGUGACUUUGUGAGAUGGAGAAGUAAAACACACUGCCUGGGACACUGCCAGUGGUUUUUCCUCCCGCUCUAAAACUCUCUGUACAGUGUAUAAAAACUGUAUUCGUGAACCCGUGUGUGUGACAUCACUGCAGUGUGAUUGGCUGUUGCUCUAUCUCAGUGUUACUGUGUGUAAGUACGGUGUCUGACUGGCAACAAGCAAGGGCCAGCCUAUCUAGCCUGAGUCAUUUCUACACAGACGCCACGCAUGCGCUCAUACACACGCAUUGAAACACACACACACACACACACACACACACACACACACACACACACACACAUACAUACAUACAUGCUGUACAGACAUUUACAUUAAAUACACACCACAGUUUCUUAUAAAAACCCAUCUUUCCCUACUUUUGUCCUGUUUACAUUCACAUAUAGAGCUCUAGUAACUGCACGCCCUCCCACAGCUGUGACAUCACUACUGACAACCAUUUGCAUUAUGGGUGUUGUAGUAGGUAGUAACCGCAUUUCAGAGAAACCUGGAAUGUAGUAAUUAGCUGAGUGAGCAGAGCCCUAACAUUCAAACACCUUUCAACCACCAUUCCUGUAUUCGAGCAUUUUAAUAUUGUAUUAAUAAUCAAUGACCACUUCUCGUAUUAGCGAGACAAUCUUAAACUUGUGAUUUUACUAGAAAGAAAAUGUCCAUGUUAUGGUAACAAUGCUACCUAUGGCCUAGUACUUUACACUGUUUUUUUUGCACCAUAAAUGCAAACAAUGUUAAGAUCUGUGGGACUAGUCACUGAUUAAUGGCCUUUCAUAAUGUUUUUAAACUCUUACAGCACUCUUCAUAUCACAACAUGUUUUUUUUUUCUUUCCUUUUUUUUCUCUCUCUGUCUUGUAAAAAAACAAACUUUAAAGAUAAAAUAAUAGCUAGCUGUUUUGUAGGAGAAUAAAGGCAAGAGCAGUGUUUUUCCUCUCUUAUUAAUGGUGAAUGACUCUCUGUCUUGCAAUGUUUUAAUACAACUAUUCCAAUGUGAUCUGCACACCUGACUUAAAGUUGUAUUUGAAUUCCUGGAAUUUGAAUUAGGAUUUAACCAAUCUGGUGCAGUCUGCUGUCUUGAUGGGGGGAAAAAAAGAUUUAAGAGUCUGCCAUGUUUGUGUGUAUAUGUGGUCAUUUUCAGGAGUUCAAGUACACCUGUGUCCAGAUGUGACAGACAAACAAUGUUUUCUAUGGCUGUUUUUAUUUUGGUUUAACUAAGAUAUUAAUGAUGUACAUGUCAAAACUGUGGUAAUGAUCAUUCAGCCUGGAAUAAAUGUUUAAAAAAAGAAAUUAAAGCAACUUUAACAUACUGA